UGUGUGCGUGUGUGUGUGUGUGUGUGUGCGCGUGUCGCAGAGCUGAUUAACCUGCAGCAGCAGCAGCAGCAACAAAAGAGCCAUCAGACAGAAGAGCAGAAAAACCACUGAAAGCUGUUUUUACCCACCGAGAACAACAAGGUAAACAACAACAAGACCGACACCAUGCAGAAGUCUAAGAGCGAGUACGAGUCCUUCGUCUUCUGGAGGGCGCUGCUGCCAGAGAUCGACCUAUCAGAGCUCUCGGAUCUGAGCGGGGGGGCGGAGCCAGCCGGGAGCGUCGCCGGGAGCGUCGCCGGGAGCGUCGCCGGGAAGGAGAGGAAACAGGAAGUGAGGAAACGGGAAGAGGGAGUGAGGAAACAGGAAGAGGGCGAGAUGAAGGAGUUUUCCUCCUUUACUUACUGGAGAGCUCCGAUCGGAGACGUGGACUCGCUGCUGGCCGACCUGCUGCUCUGAGACAGGAAGUCACCACAAUAAGAGCCUGCUCUCUGAAACAGGAAGUCACCACAAUAAGAGCGUGGAGAAACCAGAGCCUGCUCCCUGAUCCCAAAUCAUCAGAUCUUAUAUUCCAGAUUAUCCGUCUCUCUUUGGGCUUCACUCACGAUGAUUAUCCACCGCCUCACAACAAACUGAAGUCCUUUUCAUAAAACCAGGCUCAACCAAUCAGAACACUCGAUUCAAACAUGUGACAAUAUUACCAACAGUACAGUGUUUAUUUAGUUAGUUAAAGAUGUCUAAAAUCCGACUGUACUGACCCUCAACAUAUCAGAAACACUGAUUCACGUUUAGACUAAAUCAGUGAGGAGAGAGCGACUGCGUUCACACACGUGUUUAGCAUCCUGCUUCUGAUCUGGAUCUAUAGUCACAUCGCUCCUGACCACCUGUGAACGUGGAGUCUCUCGGUUGUUAAAAUGAUGUAGGCCUACUGCAGUAAAGGUAUAUUUAAUCUGCGGUCUAAGGAGAGGCAUGUAUUCUGAAUGUAAACAUGAUAAUACUUCCUUUAAGUUCUUGCAUUAUUCCCCUGAUAUCUACAGAGCCAGAAUACAUCCCAUCACCUGAUCAAUACAUCCCAUCAUCUGAUCAAUACAUCAUCACCUGAUCAAUACAUCCCAUCACCUGAUCAAUACAUCCCAUCACCUGAUCAAUACAUCAUCACCUGAUCAACACAUCCCAUCACCUGAUCAAUACAUCCCAUCACCUAAUCAAUACAUCCCAUCACCUGAUCAAUACUGAUUAUAGCGUGCACGUAGAGGCAGUGCGGGACGAGGACAUGUUAUUCGGAGGUGAUGCGUUCAAAGCCCCUGAGAUUUAACAGUUUCUUUCUGUUUCCAUUUGUGCCUUGUUUAUUGAUUUAACCCCGAGCUGCUUUGCUGUCACUGAUCGGCUGAUUAUUAUUAUUUAUUAUUUAUUGAUGUAUUUAUUGAUGUUUCUGAGCGGGCCUCACUUCUGGUCAGAAUGUAAAACCCUGCCACCAAUAAAGAAAAUAAAAUCUCCAUUUUUCAAUCAGAA